AUGGGGGUGGUAGUGGGGUGUAGUGGUGGGGGGUGUGGGGGGGUUUUUAUGUUUGAGGGAGGAGGGUGUAUAGUGGGGGGGGUGAAGGGAUUGUGGGGGGUGUUGGGUGUUUUUGGGGAGCUGGUUAGGGGAGGUGGUGUGAUGGAGAGGGGGAUGGGUGGGGUGGGGGUAGGGUGGGUUGAUUGUGUUGGUGGGGGUGAUGGGGUUGAUGGGUUUGGGUGGGGGAAGAGAGGUGUUGGCUGGUGUAGAGGGGGUGCUGGUGGGGGGAGGGGUUGCUGGGUGAUGUGUUAG